ACAUUUUGUUGUGAUAGAUUUGAAAAAUUCUAAUCAAUUGCGAAUUGAAAAACCAUGGAAACUAAAUCAUAAUUUAUUAUUAUUGAACCUGUAAGGUACAAAUAGAAAAAAAAAUUAGCAGCCAAAAUUUGAUAAGUUAAUUAGACUAGCGAAAUAAGAAAUAUCACAUAAAUAUGUCUUCAGGAUCAUCUACCUAUAAAAAGAAACCUGGCAGUGGCUCGUACAAAAAAUCAGGAGGAUUAAAGCUUGAACUGAACGAAGAGCAAAAAAAUGAUAUUAGGGAAGCGUUCGAUCUUUUUGAUAACGAUAACUGCGGUAAAAUCGAAAGCAAGGACUUGAAAGUUGCUAUGAGAGCUCUAGGAUUUGAGCCCAAGAAAGAAGAAAUUAAAAAAAUGAUCUCUGAGAUUGAUAAGGAUUGUACGGGUAAAAUUUCAUUUGAGGAUUUCCUUGAACUCAUGGCAGUAAAAAUGUCUGAAAAAGAUUCCAAAGAAGAAAUAUUGAAAGCUUUCAGACUCUUUGAUGAUGAUGAUACGGGUAAAAUAACGUUCAAGAAUCUCAAACGUGUUGCUAAGGAACUUGGGGAAAAUCUGACAGAUGAGGAAUUACAAGAAAUGUUGGAUGAAGCAGAUGUCAAUGGUGAUGGAGAAAUAAGCCAAGAAGAGUUCUUAAGGGUUAUGAAGAAAACUAGUUUGUACUAAAGCAUUCUAU